AUGUGUUCAAUGCGCAUGUUUGCUGUGUCAUGUGACAGCCAUUACUCGAGCGUGAGUGACGCGAAAAAAGAGCAUAAAUCAUGGACAGAUUACCAAAAGUUCGAGACAACGAAAAGGAAAUUCUGUACGGCUAUGUAUAUGCUGUAUCUGGUCCUGUUGUCACAGCCCAGAAUAUGUCUGGCGCUGCCAUGUGACAUGGCCACUAUCCAAGUCUAUGAAGAGACAUCUGGUGUAACAGUAGGUGAUCCUGUUUUGAGAACAGGCAAACCGUUAUCUGUGGAGUUGGGACCAGGAAUAAUGGGAAGCAUUUUUGAUGGUAUCCAGCGUCCCUUAGAAGAUAUUUCUGAUCUUACUAAUAGCAUUUACAUUCCAAAAGGCGUUAACACACCAGCUUUGGACAGAUCUAAGAAAUGGGAAUUUGAACCCCAAAAUAUCAAGAUUGGUAGUCAUGUGACAGGUGGAGAUAUCUAUGGUAUUGUAUAUGAAAAUAUUCUAAUUAAGCACAAACUUAUGUUGCCUCCUCGUUGUAAAGGAAAAGUCACUUAUAUUGCUGAACCAGGCAUGUAUGAUUGCAGUGAUGUGGUUCUUGAAACUGAAUUUGAUGGCGAGAGAACCAAAUACAGCAUGUUGCAAGUAUGGCCAGUGCGACAGUUGCGGCCAGUUGCAGAGAAACUGGCUGCUAAUUAUCCUCUUCUCACAGGCCAGAGAGUGCUGGAUGCUCUUUUCCCUGGUGUCCAAGGUGGAACAACAGCUAUCCCUGGAGCUUUUGGUUGUGGUAAAACUGUAAUCUCUCAGUCCCUUUCCAAAUUUUCCAACAGUGAUGUCAUCAUCUAUGUUGGUUGUGGUGAACGUGGUAAUGAGAUGUCUGAAGUAUUGAGGGAUUUCCCUAAGCUGACUAUGGAAGUUGGUGGGAAACCUGAGAGUAUCAUGAAGAGAACAGCUUUGGUAGCCAAUACAUCUAACAUGCCUGUAGCAGCUCGUGAAGCUUCUAUCUACACAGGUAUCACAUUGUCUGAAUACUUCAGAGAUAUGGGUUAUAAUGUAUCCAUGAUGGCUGACUCCACUUCUCGAUGGGCUGAAGCUCUAAGAGAAAUCUCUGGUCGUCUGGCUGAAAUGCCAGCAGAUUCUGGCUACCCAGCCUAUCUUGCUGCCAGGCUGGCUUCCUUCUAUGAACGAGCUGGCAGAGUCAAAUGUCUUGGCAACCCAGCACGUGAAGGCAGUGUCAGUAUUGUUGGAGCUGUCUCGCCUCCUGGUGGUGAUUUCUCUGACCCUGUUACCUCUGCCACUCUGGGUAUUGUUCAAGUAUUUUGGGGAUUGGACAAAAAACUAGCCCAGCGCAAACAUUUCCCUUCCAUCAACUGGCUGAUCAGUUAUAGUAAAUACACACGUGCACUUGAUGAAUUUUAUGACAAAAACUUCCAAGAAUUUGUGCCCCUCAGAACCAAAUGUAAAGAAAUUUUACAAGAGGAGGAAGAUUUAUCAGAAAUUGUCCAACUGGUAGGAAAGGGUUCAUUAGCUGAGUCUGACAAAAUUACUCUUGAAGUUGCCCGAUUAAUAAAAGAUGAUUUCCUUCAGCAAAAUGGCUACACACCUUAUGACAGGUAUUGCCCAUUCUACAAAACUGUGGCAAUGUUAAAGAACAUCAUCACAUUCUAUGACCUGUCCAGACAUGCUGUUGAAAGCACUGCACAGAGUGAGAAAAAAAUAACUUGGGGCAUCAUUCGUGAACAAUUAGGGGAUAUCAUGUAUAAAUUAAGCAGCAUGAAAUUCAAGGAUCCAGAACAAGAUGGUGAAAGAAAGAUCAAAGCAGAUUAUGAUGAACUCUUUGAAGAAAUGCAGACAGCAUUCCGAAAUUUGGAAGAUUUUUAA